CUGUCAAAUGUCAACAUGGCUGGACCUCCGAGAACAUCUUCUCUCCCAGAUCUUUCUCGUGACUUUACAAAGCCAGCAUUGACUAACAUCUACGAAAGAGAAUUUGUACAGAAAUCAGUAUUUUUUAAACAACGACCAUAUAGCUCACAGGUUCCAUUUUCUUAUAAGUGUGUAUCGAAAUGGGAGAGACGGACUGUUGAAGAUGUUUUUAAAAUAUAUUACAAUGACAAUUUUUGUGGGAGCCCUUCGGAUAUAAUGAGCAGAAUUGGAUUUGUUGGUAACCUAUCAAAAGAGCAGAAAGAAUACAUUGAAACUAUAAAAAAAUAUCUUCACAUUGAUGUUGGAGAUGGGGAACUGUCGGAGGUGUAUAUUGCAAAUGUACCUCGGGACAGGCUAAUUGUUGACUCAAAAUUGAAAGAAAUUUUGGAAAAUCUGGAUAAUGAAAAGGAAGAAUACACAUCCGUGGACAGUGGUAGUGUCUAUAAUUAUGUUUGCCUUGGUUUUUGGUUAACUGCCUACAGUGCUUACAGUGCUUUGACUUAUAUUUUCAGACACAUCCGUGGUAGAGUCUAUAAAUUCAUUUGCUCUAUCACUGACCUUCUGGAUGCUUUACAAGUUUGUAGAAAUAUUUCGGAUGCUUAUGAUGGAGGACAUUAUACAACACUGUUUCGUACAUUUGCAGAUUUGUGUUGUUUAAAUGCCAAAUUAGGCUUUUCCAAAUCAGAUCAGUCAACAUGGAAAAAUUUAGGAGAUCUAGAUAAUGUUAUUUCCCAACCAAAUAUUCGUUUAUUUAAACAUGGAGUAUUUACAAAAUCUUCAAUAGAUCGUAACAGAGUUGUGUCCGUUGUACAGGUAAAGAAAAGAAGACAUCAAAUAGAUUUGGAUUCAUCUGAUUCUGAUGGAGAAGCAUGCACAAGCACUAGUUCAUUUUCUUCAAUGAGGUCAUCAAACAGUUCAGAUUCUAGUGAAGAUGCACCCAAAAUAGAACUGUUACUGAAUAAUGCAGUUUUAGGACAACAUGCAGGAGAACUCUUGUUAGAUCUCAACAAAUUUGUAACAAAGGACUGUGAUACAGAUAAAUAUAAAAUGUCAGGGAUGAUUGUUAAUGGCACUAUGGUUUUUGUUACUGUACUGGAAAUGUCAAGACAACAUUAUAUAAAAUUAGCAGCAAAUAAGGAACUGGAAGAUGGAGAUAAAGCUAUUAUAUACUAUUCUCGUCCAUUUAAUAUUCUCAAUGAAAGUGAUAGAAAUGUGUUAAUUGAAAGCUUCGUAAGACUAAACAAUAUGCAACGAUAGAAAUGUAUUAAUUGAAAGCUUUGUAAGACUAAACAAUAUGCAAUGAACAGAUUUUGGCAAGGCUCCAGUUAUGAGUUCAGCAUAAGCAAGAUAAAUAUAUGGUUCUUCUGAUGUUGUAAUCAUGGUAAUAGUACAUGUAUUUUUUAUGAACCAAUCAAACCAUGGUGUAUUAUGGUAUACAGUUAGGAAUGUUUACAAAAUAUUUACAGAAUGAUAUGUACUAAAAGAAUUAUUUCAAAUUUUUUACCGAAGCUAAAGAGCUUUAAUCAAUAAAAUUUCUACAAGUACAACCAAACUCAUCAUAGCUCAAGUUUGUUGAUAUAGGCUAUAGUGUUGCGGAUAGUUAAUAUUGUUAGAGGAAGCCAGGGUACCCGGGGAGAACAACAGACACUAGGCAAGAAACUUGUAAUUCCUGAGUUGAUAGGCUAGAGCUACUUGGACCCCUAUACAUCGAAGACCCCACAAAAAAAGAGAGAACUUAGAGAGUGAAUCAGACCUAAAAAUUUCAUUAUUGUAAUAAGCUGAUAAAUAAGUUAUAAAUACUGUUAUAUAUUAAUAGCUGCAUUAAAGAAAAUUGACCUGAUGCAUCUGAACAUUUCAAUACAUUUGUUUACCUUUUUCAGGUUGAAAAGUCUAUGUCUGUAGAAAUGUGGUGUGAGUGCCAAUGAGACAACUCUCCAUCCAAAUAACAAUUUAAAAAAAAAAGUAAACCAUAAUAGAUCAAUGUACGGCCUUCAACACGGAGCCUUGCAAUUGGCUCUCACAGAACAUGUUACUGUUUCAAAACUAUUUUAAUGUCAUUAUAAGAA